GGGAUAUUGAUGUGAUAACAUCAAUCAAUUAUGUCGAAGCAAUUCUACUUCAUCUAUUGAAUUCUUCAAUAAGAGAUCGCCUUCGACAGUUGACUUAUGAGUUUAUUGUAUUAUGUUUAACAGAUGUUCGUUGUACGGAAUUGUCUCCUUCGUCACUCGGAAUCGGUUGUCUAUUGAUGGCAAGUGAAGUAAUAAAUUGUUGUGAUAUUAUUCCAAAACAAGUGUUUGACUAUGAAUACGAGAAAACUAUUUCAUUUCGAGAUAUCACCAAUCUGUAUUGGUCAUAUUAUCAUGGAUAUUCGUCGUCAAUAAUUUAUUGUUUCGAUUUAAAACAAAAAUAA